AAGGGCAAGUCCGAGGUGCUCAACCUCAGACAUACAGUAGUAAUUCUUUUACAACAGAAGUAAGGAAUAAAUCCAAAGAUUCCCGCUCGAACAGCAGCAUAGCAGUUACAAUGGACAUCCUCACAUCGAAUCCCGAAUAUCUUGCUUGGCUCAAUCUCUGAGUCCCAAAAUAACUACUUGGAGAUACACAUCAAAUCCCGAAAUAACUGCCUGGAGAUACACAUCAGAUCCCAAAUAUUUUGCUUGGCAUGCCACGUGGUUUCUUCAUGGGAACAUAUAAAUACCCCUCAAGGCCACGCCAAAAGGUAAUUGGAACCAACCCUAAGCUCCUUGUUUCUCCACUCUAAAGGUAGCCCCGAUUAUUGCUGACUUAAGCAUCGGAGUGUCUACCCGAGGAUCCACCUCGGGGCUUUGCAGGUCAAUUCAGAGCACAGAUACGGGAGCUGAAGAAGGACUUCUGAAAAUCGAAGUACAGGGGGAGAAGGAGUGAAGUGAGAAUGGAUUCGAGUUCUGGAGGGUCAUCAAACCGUGGAGAUGGGAGUGAUGUGGUUAGGGAGUUGAUGGAAGUGAUAGAUACGGUUGGAUCAUACACAGGGUACAGGAAGACUCAGAGGAAGGAGUGCUUGAAUUUGGUGAGAAGAUUGAAGCUUUUGAUUCCAUUAUUGGAGGAGAUGAGAGAGCUUGAGGAAUCUGUUUCUGGGUUGGCUUUGAAUUCAUUGGUUAAUUUGAAGAAGGCACUUCUUGCGGCAAAGAAGUUGUUGAAGGACUGUAACUAUGGAAGCAAGAUUUAUUUGGUAAGCUUGUGGUGCUCUGAUCUCAUUUUUUUUAUGCUUUUUGCAGGUUGUGUUGUGCUUUUCUUGUGUGGAGUUAUUACUUUUUGCAUUUUUGUUUGUCAAAAUUAGGCAAUGGAGAGUGAGGCAGUGACGAGUCGAUUUCAUGCUGUUUAUGACAAGUUAAAUCAGGCUCUUGAUGAAGUCCCUCUCGAUCAGCUCCAGAUUUCAGUUGAAGUGAAAGAACAAGUAAUAUUUUCCUUUUCCCUUUCUUGGUUAGAUCUGAUGUUUUGUGGGUAAUUGUGAUCUGCUUUUAAUCCCGUAUAGGUAUUCUUUUGUUUCCACUAGUAUGCCUUCUUAGAUUUAUGAACUUAAGAAGUUAAGCCAAUCCUUAGAUACCAAAAAGAGAAUGAAUUUUACUGAAACGA